AUGCGCUACCUGUCAGAAAUUCGGGAAAUUUCAAAGAGGUGGAGCAGAGCAGCAGUAGCACUUGGUCGGUGGAGAGCAAGCGGAGGUCUGGAUUUUUCUAAAAAUCUGCCAGGUUUUUAUAUAAAAAUGGGGCGAGCGCAAAAGCGAUGUGCAUUAUUUUUCUGGUCGAAGUAA